AUGAUGGUGAAAAAUCUCCUCCCCUUCAACUUGGUGAACACAGACGAAUACAAGGAGGCUCUAGCAGCUCUGAACCCCAAGUACAAGCCCUGCGACAGAUUAAAGCUGUCUGACACCCUGGUCCCAGCGUGGUAUGAGGUGGAGAAGGCCAAUUUGAUCUCUGAGCUAGAUCAGUUUAGCAAGGUAGCUAUUACUGCUGACGGCUGGACAGCUGUCACGCAGGAUCACUACCUCUCCGUAACUGUGCACUACGUCUCGGAGGGUCAGUUAACGGAGAAAGUCCUCAACACCAGAGCCGAAGAAAUAGAUGAGAUCAUGAAAGAGUUCAAGAUCCAAGCGAAGGUCGUGGCAGCCACCGUUGACAACGCUGCCAAUAUGAAUGUUGCUGCCAAGAAGCUCCACCUGCUCAAGUUUGGGUGUUUUGCUCACACCUUAAACGUGGCAGUGCAGAAGAUCUAUAGCAUCUUGUCAGUAUUCAACUGGGCAGCGAGGAUCCGUGCCAUGGUGGUGUGGUUGAAGCGGUCCCACAGGGCCAAAGUGGUCUUGAAGGACAAGCAGCAGCUCCUCAGUCUGCCCUUCCAUAGGCUGAUCUUGGACGUGAGGACGAGGUGGAAUUCUCUGUAUCAGAUGGUUCAGAGUUUUUUUGAGCAGUUCCCCGUCGUCCAAGCUGCUCUGGUGGACCCACGGCUCAGGAAGCAAGCGGAGAAGGACCGAGUAAACAGCUUGGACAUCGCAGACUUUAGGAAGGCAGAGGAGUUUGUGCAGCUGAUGGAGGUGCUCUACACCUCUACUCUCUGCGUCUCAAGUGACAGACACCCCACCUGUGGCCAGAUUAUUCCAAUCCUGCAGAAAUUGGAAGCCCACUUCACUGUCUGCCAGGUGGACUCAGCCUUUGUAAAGGCCAUCAAGCAGGCCAUUUGGGGUGAUCUGUCUAAACGCUACCAGAGUCCACCUGCUGUGAAGAAGAAUAGGACUCCCUGCUUGGAUGACCUGUUUCCAGCGGAGGACGAUGGUGAACUGCAGCCCAUGACACAGAGGAGCAUCCCAGACGGAGUAGACCAGGAAAUCCAGGUGUACAGAGGCCUUCCUCUCACCAACAUGCAGGCCAACACUGCCAUUUGGUGGUUUGCUCGUUCCACGCCAAGUGAUUGUGUUUUUUCGACCGCUGGCGACACGAUUGGCAAAGAGAGGGUGCCAGCGGUCCGUGGGGAGCCAGCGGUCAUCAGGGAGGAGCCUGCUGUCCAGGAGGAAGCCCAGGUGCCGCUGCAGGUCUUCAAAGAUAUGGUUGCUUCUUUUCCUCUCCCUAGUGAUAGUGGUAGUGUUAGUGUUAGUGAACCUCAGUCCGUCCGCGGUCGUGUGGCAAUGGUCGAGAGGGAUCGUCGGGGAAUUAGUCAACACCCAGCAUCAGGUGCUGUGGGUGUUGAGCAGGAAAACUGUCCCUUUGUGACUCUGCGUAAUGGAUUAGAGGGAAUUUUCAGGCAGUACAGCACGUGUCUGCUGACACUGGUAACGUCUACAUCUGCCAUCAUCUGUGAGGAUGGACAGUUCGCUGUGGUCGACAGUCACUCACAUAAUGGCCUGCAUCACUACAUCUGCUGUUUGGCUGACGCUCUCAGUCCAGGGCCGAAGCCUCUUGAGCUGUGUGGCGUUAGGGUUAGUGUAGGUGUAAGUCCAGCGUUGUCUGGAGCUUCUGUCAAGAGUUGCAUCUUUGAGAUGAACACUGCUGCAGCACCUGAGCUUAGUGACAUCAAUGAUGUUUGUGCCACCACCUCCUUGUUUGAGAGUGAUGCAGGUCAAGCUACCCACCUGUGUGUCAGAGUCGGGCUGGUGUUGAAGCGAGCCGAGCACUGUCUGGCGCUUCUGUUCUCACUUUUUAAAGUGAAGUUAGCAGUGGCUCAACAGCAGAAUUUGUUGCCACCGAUGGCAAAUAGCCGUUUUGAUAGCGUUAUAGUCAACUCUGAUGUAGUGUUUAUCACUGCAUCAGAGAGUGAGAAACAGUUUUUCCGUCCCCUCGGUGAUGACGUUUGUAGGGCUUUGUGUAGUCAAUUAAAAGUAGAUUUUAUGAAAGUCGGUGUCUGGUGCAUAGAGGUGAGCUACUUAGGUGUUCCCUCCCUUAGCGAGAAAAUAGUUCCGGAUGGGAACUGCUUUUUCAGAGCUGUUUCUCAGGCUGUCAGUGGUUCACAGAAGAACCAUCGUAAGAUUAGACUGGCAGCCUGUAGAGACCUAGAAAAGAAUGAGGCUAGGUAUCGGGGUCUUUUGAGGAGCGAUAUGUCGCUUUUGUCCAGGAUGAAGUGUGUCAAGACUUGGGCCACAGAGGUUGAAAUCCAGGCCACUGCAGAUUAUUUAGGCAUUGACAUUUUUACAUUUGAUGAUAGUCGUUGGCUAAAGUAUAGUUGCAGCAGUAAGUGUUUGUCAGCGGACUGCAUUUACUUGGAGAAUGUCGGGGGCCAGCAUUUUGAGUACGUUGUUUGUGUUUUAAAGCCUGGACUGCAAAGUUGUCAUGGUUAUUGUAAAUUAGGCAGGGAUAUAGGCUGUAGCACUAGGUCUUCAGUGAAAGAUGGAGCGGGGCAGGCAGUAGAUGGGAUAGAUUGUCUAGAUUCAGGUAAAGAUUUUAUAGAGGUUGUAGAGGGCAGUACAAUAAGUAGGGAUUCUAGUGCGACAAAGUAUUUAAAGCGUAAGAAAAGACUGCAGGAUACAUUUAAUGUUAGACGUCGAGAGACGUGCCCUGCUUUAUGUACAGAAGUAAGUCUUGCCCCGCGGGAAGGUAAUAGUCAGGUUAGAAUGCUUUCUGACAAAUUAAAUGAGCCGAUGUGUUUCCCUGUGCUGUUUCCGGAGGGCACAAAUACAUUCCACACCAGCCGCAUGCAUCGCUUAAAAUUGUCGCGCUAUUUUAAUAAUCUGAUAAUGCAUGCCGACGGCCGUUUUGCGCACAAUGUGGAAUAUAUAUUCUUUAGCCAGUAUAUUUCUUAAAUGGACCAAGUUAGCAUUUCGGUCGCGAUGCGUAAAGGUAAGGGGGUCAGUAUUCUCAAAGACGACGAAUCUCUGAAGCGCUUGCUACAGUUCGAUGACGGUUUUUGUUUCCUUUGGCCCAUUCGCGGGACGCCAGCUUUUUGGUCUUCGUCUCAGAAAGACCUUUUGGCUUGGGUCCGCCAAUGGGGGAUUCCAACAUGGUUCUGCUCCUUUUCUUCUGCUGAUUUGCGCUGGCAGAAUCUCCUUGCCAGCAUCCUGAGACAGGAAGAGACAGCAGAACAGUUAGAGUGGGCCGAUAGGUGCGAGUUGUUGCGUCGCAACCCGGUCACAGCCGCGAGGAUGUUUGACUAUAGGUGGCACUGUUUUUUGAAGGAAGUACUCAUGUCCCCGUCUCAACGAGUUGGCAAGAUUGUAGAUUACUUUUAUCGAAUUGAGUUCCAGCAGCGUGGGUCCCCCCAUGGUCAUGUGCUGUUUUGGAUUGAGGGAGCUCCCCAAAUUUAUAAAAACACAGAUUUAGAAGUUGCAGAGUUUAUUGAUAAAUAUGUGACAUGUGAGCUACCCUCAGACGAUGACACACUAUUGGAAGUUGUGUCAUCGGUUCAAACGCAUUCAAAACGGCAUACAAAGUCAUGUCGUAAAAAUAAAACGAAAUGCCGUUUAAAUUUUUCAAAACUAAUCUGCAGGUUCAUCUGCAAAAUCAAAGAAUUUGUUUGUGCUAAAAAGGGAACGAGGACAGAGGGUAGUUGUAUUUCAGAAAACAGGCCACAGUGCAGCUGUCUGGGCGAUGCGGGACAGUAGUUGCCAAAGGAGGUUGCGCGGUUGAAUAUGUCGAGAGUAAAAGAUGCCAUGGAGAGGGAGGAGCCUUUUGGUAGCGUAGAAGAGUUGUUUGCCAGUGUGGGCAUCAACCAGGCAGUCUUGGAGCUCGCUUAUAGGCAGCUGGAGACUAAGAAUAAGGUGGUUUAUAGGCGAGAGGUAAACGACACCUGGGUUAACCAGUAUAAGUUGUGGAACGCUAACAUGGACAUUAGCUUUGUCAAUGACGCCUACGCAGUCAUCGUAUACAUAAUAAAGUACAUUACAAAAGCAGAGACGGAAAUAGGUCUGUUAUUUAGCAAUGCCCUUAAAGAAGCAAAUAAACAAGGAAAUCUCUCAGCUAAAGAUGCUUUAAAGAAACUGGGCAGUGUAUAUUUACACAACAGAGAUGUCUGCGCUCAGGAGGCAGUGUAUAGGCUAAUAAGCAUGCAUUUGAAAGAAUGUUCCUGGAAGGUCGUGUUUAUUACAACAGGGAAUAACAUUGUGUGGUCGCGAAAGGCUUCCUCAGAGGGUCUUAGGUCAGAAGACAUGUGGAUGACAAGUAUUGUAGAUAGGUUAACCAGUCGGUUUGAGGAUAUGUGCAUAGACACAUUUUGUUCGGAGUAUCGUGUUCUCAGCAAGAAUGAAAAAUCAGACAAUAGAAUUGCACUACAAGGGGGUUUAGGGUUCAUCUUGCGGAGAACACAAACUCAGUUUGCCGUCGUUCGCUACAUGCUGUUUAAAUUAGACAAACAGGAGGAAGCCCACUUUCAGAGUUUGCUGCAGUUGUUCCUUCCUCAUAGAACUGAUUUAGACCUCAAGUCGGAAGGCUUUGAGUUCUACAAACAGUUCUAUGAGGAAGGUAAUGUGACGUCGGCUGGCGGGACCGCGCGGCCAGUGCGAGACGUCGUCAAUAAAAACAGGGCAAAGUUUGAAGUGGACUCGGACCGGUUCGAUAAUGUCGAUGACGAUGUGUGGGGGGACCUUUGUCCUGAACAGCAAAUCGAACACAUGGAAUGUUUAGAGGAGAGGCGGCGAUAGCAGCAGGGGGAAAUUAGGGAAGAGCAGCUAGUUGAAUUGGAGGAAAAUGUCCCCGAUUUGUUUGUUGGUGGUAAACAAGUAGCUCAAUUUGAGAGAAACACCAACAUUUUGUCUAGAAGGGAGGGUUUAGUUCUGGUCCAUUCUCUGAAUGAGACGCAGAGGAGCAUUUUUGAUAGGAUUAGGAAAUGGUGCCUAGAAAAGGUGAUGGGAAAAAACCCAGAACAUUUCCAUGCGUUCGUAACUUGUGGGGCAGGUACUGGAAAAAGCCAUUUGAUUAGAGCUAUCCAGUACGAGGCAGGGAGACUAUUGUCGCGUCUGUACCAACCAGAUGAAACCUGCGUACUCUUAACUGCUCCCACAGGCAUAGCUGCAUACAAUUUAAUGCACCCGUAG